AUGUCUGGCGUAGAAACAUUCUCUGUUCCGUUGUCUGCAGAGGCUAUCUCCUCCGCGUGGCUUGCUGCAUUUAUUUCUGACAUAUCCAGCCCCAUUUUUACUCUCAAGCGCUCGUUUACGAACGACAGCUACUGGCGGGAUGUCUUGGCAUUCACUCCUGAUUUUCGCACCUUGCACUUAGUUUCAAAAAUUCAGGAUUUUUUCUCAGAUCCCGUUGCCCUUGCACGGCCAAGUCAGUUCCGACUCCUGCCAGGUAUCCGUCAUCGGCGCAUCAGUCCUACAAAGACGUUCAUCCAGGGAAUCAUUCAAUUCCAUACAGUCAUAGCCCAAUGCUCUGGCGUCUUUACUCUGACUCAAACCGAGGACUCCUCAUGGAAGGCUUGGUCCUUCGUGACCAUGAUGGAUCGGUUGUCUGGCGUGGUCGAUCGCUUUAAUGCACACACCCCUCUCUGUGGUCCUGCCGAGUGGGACACUGCAAUGGAGUACACAGCGGUCGUCGUGGGUGCAGGUCAGUGCGGCUUAUCCGUGGCCGCCCGUUUGGAGAAUCUCGGGAUCUCUACGCUUGUCUUGGAGAGGUCUGGCAGAAUUGGUGAUAGUUGGCGUUCUCGAUACGAUUCACUGGAGACGAAUACUCCGAAGGCGUUCAGUCAUCUUCCCUUCAUCGAUUUCCCAGAGGGAUCCGGAACAUAUAUCCCUUGCGGAGACGUCGUUGACUAUCUUGAAAAUUACCAAAGAACUCUGGGUCUUCACGUGUUGACCUCGGCGUGCAUUUCUGCUACUUCAUAUGACGCUUCAUCAAGCACCUGGACAUUAUCUAUAUCUCUUUCAGGGAAAGCCUCUAUUACUGUGACGGCCCGGUACAUGAUUGUCGCAAUAGGCGUUGGCACGAUGGGAGGUGCACUCCCGUUUACGCCUUCGAUUCCAGGAAAACCCUCCUUCCUCGGUUCUGUCAUCCAUUCAAGCGAAUACAAGUCCCCCUCCUGCGUCGGCGCGCAGAAAGUCGUUGUCGUCGGCGCAGGAUGCUCUGCGCACGAUAUUGCUCAGGACGUGGCAAAUCAUGGGUCUCAGACAGUGCUUGUCCAGCGUUCCCCGACCGCCGUUGUGAGUUACCAGACGAUCAACAAACUGUUUACCGGAUAUGUCGGGCAGGAUAUUCCUCCGACAGAGAUCGCCGACCGCUUAUGUGUCGCUCUCCCCUUGUCAGCUCUACAAGAUUCCCAGUACAAUGUCAUGGAGAUGAUUGCCCAUAUCGAUCAGGACCUCAGGGAGAACUUGUCCCAGCAUGGAUAUCUCCUUCCCGGCCCUGAGGACAACUUCUUUCACCGUCUCUCUAUUCGACGAGGUGGCUUUUACAUCGACCGGGGUUGUGCAAAGCUCAUCACGUCUGGCAAGAUCACCGUCAAGUCCGGGCAUGAGAUUUCCCACUUCUCCCCUUCCGGGUUGGUAUUCGAUGAUGGUUCGCAAGUAGUGGCCGACCUUGUCAUCUUCGCAACUGGGUACUCGAAACCUACAGUCAAACAAGUUGCUGCGAACCUUUUUGGGCCUCAGAUCGCUGAUACCGUCCAUGACCUCGGAGGAUUAGAUAGUGAUUAUGAGUUCGCAGGUAUUUGGAGGCCGACUGGACACGAUGGACUCUGGUUUGCAGAGGGCGAUCUCUUUGCUGCACGGUUCUACUCCCGUCGCGCUGAUCUCCAGACGACUCCCCACGAUGUCCCAGUACACAAGAAAGAAGUUCUCACCAACUUCCUCGUCAGACUCUACUCUGUUUAUGUAGCUCUCCACUCUGCUUACCUCGAGAUCAAACCCCUGGUCGUCCUCGAUCAUCUUCAAGUUGCUGAUGGUCCUAUUCACUACCUUGACAUGGCUGCGAAGCUCAACCAGACAGCUGAGAGCAUCUGCGGUCCAAAGUGGGCUGUCGCAAGAGACUUGACAGUCUACGAGGCCGCUCCGGCUACACCUACCACUGGCUUUAAGAUUUCACAAAGGAAGAGGCAUAAAACUCUCGAUGCUUCAACCAGCGGUGGUGCAUCCGUCGUCUACAGCGACACCAUCGCAGCAGCACGUUUCACACAUGAACUCGCAAACUACGGUGAAUACUUUGGUGCCCCGAUGACUUUCGAAUAUGGCAAGACAAUCUAUACAGGGCAUCGUGAAAAUGCUGCGCCACUGAUGCGGUGCUCCCAAAUGUAGGUGAGUGCGCAUUACAUAACUACACUUACUGCUAAUCACCGGAACCUCCCGGUGCUUGUUCUCCAAACGAACCAUGGACUCGAGUGUGCUCCGAUUCCUUAUAUGUAUAUGUAUAUCCAUGCUCUCAGAGUCACGGUCAGGCGAUAUCAUCGAAGUACUGCCGGUCUGCA